AUGAACGAAAACUUAUUUGCCUCUUUUGCCACACCAACACUAGCAGGCCUCCCAAUCGUCACCCUCAUUAUCCUAUUCCCAAGCAUUUUCUUCCCAUCACCUAAUCGACUAACCAACAACCGCUUAGCUACAUUCCAACAAUGAUUAAUUAAGCUAGUCCUAAAACAAAUGAUACUAAUCCACAACAAUAAAGGACGAGCUUGAUCCCUAAUAUUAAUCUCCCUGAUCAUAUUCAUCGGGUCAACCAACCUACUAGGCCUACUACCCCACUCCUUCACUCCAACAACACAACUAUCAAUAAACCUAGGAAUAGCCAUCCCACUCUGGGCCGCAACCGUCGUAUUAGGAUUCCGCCAUAAGACAAAAGCCUCCUUAGCCCACUUCCUCCCACAAGGCACUCCCGCUAUACUAAUCCCAAUGCUCGUAGCAAUCGAAACAAUCAGUUUAUUCAUCCAACCGGUAGCACUAGCAGUUCGACUAACCGCUAACAUUACCGCAGGGCACCUGCUCAUGCACUUAAUCGGAGGCGCAACCUCAGUCCUAAUCCCUAUCAGCCCAACCGCAGCCCUAACAACCUUUACUAUUUUAUUUCUUCUAACUAUUCUCGAAUUCGCUGUAGCACUUAUUCAAGCAUAUGUCUUCACUUUACUAGUCAAUCUAUACCUACACGAUAAUACUUAA